GGAUACAGCAAGCAUUCAUAUUUGUUCAUCUUUUCAGAUCGCUUGCUAGUUGUCAAUUCCAAACUUCAUCAUGAACAAACUCUACGACGUUAUCAUCGUCGGCGCAGGACCUGUCGGGCUCUUCCUUGCUUGCGAACUAGGUCUAGCACGCAUCUCGGUGCUAGUCCUAGAACGCGAAUAUAAGCUCGAGUCCCCCUUCAAAGAUGAACCGUUGGGUUCUCGAGGAAUGAACACAUCGUCUGUGGAAUCCGUCUAUCGUCGCGGUCUGCUAGGCGAGUUUGCUGACCUCAGCAAACGGGCUGCCGGUCUCCAGAAGACUGCUGGAUUUACGUACGGUGGACACUUUGCUGGUAUUGGUCUCAAUGCCAAUAAACUUGAAUUGGAUCGUUGGAAGUAUCGUUUUCCCGGGCCGAGUCUGGUACCGCAACCAACGACUAUACAGCUAGUGGAAAGUAUCCUCAACAAACGAGCUGAGCAGUUGGGUGUGACGAUUCUAAGGGGUCAUGGUGUUGAAAGUAUCACAGCACAAGACGACAAUAGUGUCACGGUAGAAGCUGGAGGAGAGAAUCAAUCAUUCCGCGGCAAGUGGCUUGUAGGAUGCGACGGGGGACGAAGCGCAAUUCGCAAAGCUGCUGGAUUCGGCUUUGAAGGAACAGAAGCAAGAUUCACGGGUUAUGGAAUUAAAUGUGACUUGGGUCAUCCGGAAAAGCUGAAACUGGGAUUCAGCCAUACAAAGACUGGAAUGUAUAUCAGAGGACAGAAGGAUAGUCUGCAUUUGCUGGACUUUGAUGGUGGAUCAUACGAUCGCACCCAGGAAAUCAGUAUGGAGCACCUACAGGAAGUACUCAGCCGCGUGACAGGCGUCAGUGACUUGAAGAUUGAGAAGGUCCAUCUCGCAUCGACAUAUACUGACCGCUGUAUGCAAGCGACAACCUACCGCAAGGGUCGUGUUCUACUUGCUGGUGAUGCUGCACACAUUCACUCGCCGCUCGGGGCUCAAGGUAUGAAUCUCGGACUGGGGGAUGCCAUCAAUCUAGGCUGGAAGCUAGCUGCAACAGUGCGACAAGAAUCCAAAAAUGACAAAACGCCCGUAAAUCUGGAUUUAUUGGACACAUACGAAGCUGAACGCCACCCCAUCGCAGCUUGGGCCCUUGAUUGGACACGCGCUCAAGUCUCGAUACUGCAACCAGAUGCAUUUGGCGCAGCAAUUCGCACGUUGGUUCGCGAUUUCAUCGAUACAACUGACGGGACGAAUAUGCUCAUGGAUCGAUUUUGGGGCUUGUCGCAAAAAUACAAUCUCGAAAAGGAUGGCGGCACUCUGCAUCCCCUUGUCGGACGCAGUGUACCGGAUUUUGAGUUGGGCGAUGGCUCAAGGUUAGGCAGUAAAAUGACAGGGGGGCAAGGGUUAAUUGUAGAUUUCCAGGAUAACAUCGAGCUGAAGAACUUGGCUACAGGAAAGUAUGGAGGCAGAGUCGAUUACUUGAGUUUGACUGCAAAUGAUAGGCGCGGCCUUGGGGCGUUGAUUGUUCGACCUGAUGGCGUUGUUGCUUGGGCCGUAGAAGAGGAUGAGAAGCCAGACAUAGAUGCAGCGAAGGCUUCCUUGGAGAGGUGUGAUCAUAUUGUAUAA